UGUAGUGCCGAGCAAACUCAAAGCGGCCACGGACGAGCGACGCGACACACCUCCACGUAUAUUCGCUCGAUCGGAAACGGGGGAGAGGAAGGGGAGCUUCCGAUUCUGCCGUGCGUUCAGAUCCAUCUGGUUCAAUCGCAGGUGCGGAUUUUAUCAGAUUGCCGGGUUUGUUUUUGCAGUGUUGAGAACCCAUGGCGAGGAAGAUGCUCAAGGAUGGGGAGGUGGCCGUGGCCGACGGCGAGCAGUACGACUACGAUCUCUUCGUCAUCGGAGCGGGGAGCGGCGGCGUGCGUGGCUCUCGCACCACCGCCUCCUUCGGAGCUAAGGUUGCUAUUUGCGAGCUCCCAUUCCACCCCAUCAGCUCCGAGUGGCUAGGAGGACAUGGUGGAACGUGUGUGAUACGUGGUUGUGUCCCCAAAAAGAUACUGGUAUAUGGGGCGUCUUUCCGGGGAGAAUUUGAGGACUCGCAGAAUUUCGGGUGGGAGAUUAAUGGGGAUAUUAACUUCAAUUGGAAAAAGCUGUUGGAAAAUAAGACUAAAGAAAUUGUUAGAUUAAAUGGAGUAUACCAGAGAAUUCUUACCAAUGCUGGUGUGACAAUGAUUGAAGGAGCAGGCAGUUUGGUUGAUGCUCAUACAGUUGAAGUCAGCCAGCCACAUGGUUCAAAGCAAAGGUAUACGGCAAAGCACAUCUUGAUAGCGACUGGAAGCCAUGCUCAACGUGUCAACAUACCUGGAAAGGAGUUGGCAAUUACUUCAGAUGAGGCCUUGAGUUUGGAGGAGCUUCCGAAGCGUGCUGUAAUCCUUGGUGGCGGAUAUAUUGCUGUUGAAUUUGCUUCUAUCUGGAGAGGAAUGGGUGCAGAAGUGGACUUGUUUUAUCGAAAAGAACUGCCUCUAAGAGGUUUUGAUGAUGAGAUGAGAGAAGUUGUUGCAAGCAAUCUUGGGGGAAGGGGAAUCAGAUUGCAUCCUGGGACAAAUCUAUCUGAGUUGAGUAAAACAGCCGAUGGCAUAAAAGUUGUAACUGAUAAAGGAGAGGAGCUCACUGCAGAUGUUGUUCUAUUUGCUACAGGUCGCACACCGAACUCCCAGAGGCUGAACUUGGAAGCUGCUGGUGUUGAGGUGGAUCAAAUUGGAGCCAUCAAGGUUGACGAAUAUUCUCGCACAUCUGUUCCAAGUGUAUGGGCUGUGGGUGAUGUAACAAAUCGGAUCAAUCUAACACCUGUUGCGUUGAUGGAGGCUACUUGCUUUUCUAAAACUGUGUUUGGUGGCCAGCCAACUAAGCCUGAUUACAGAGAUGUGCCCUGUGCUGUUUUCUCCAUUCCACCGCUAUCCGUAGUGGGCCUCAGUGAACAACAGGCUUUGGAGGAAGCCAAGGGUGAUGUUCUUGUUUUCACUUCAUCUUUCAACCCAAUGAAGAACAGCAUAUCCAAGCGACAGGAGAAGACUAUCAUGAAACUCGUAGUUGAUGCUGAAACCGAUAGAGUACUUGGUGCAUCCAUGUGCGGACCUGAUGCACCUGAAAUUCUCCAGGGCAUUGCUGUUGCGCUUAAAUGUGGAGCCACCAAAGCAACCUUUGACAGCACUGUUGGAAUUCACCCUUCUGCUGCUGAAGAGUUUGUGACCAUGCGGACCAUAACGAGGCGCGUGAGCCCAGCAUCCAAACCAAAGACGAGUUUGUAAGCAAGAUUGGUGUUUUGGACUACACAUACAUCAUCUGUUUGAUUUAUUGUGGAACAUUACUCUAGACGCAGACUAUAGUUUUCCAUUGAAAAUUUCACGUCAUUUGAAUGAGAACACUCUGUAUUUGAUAGGAAUAAGACUUUUGCAUAACAGUUUGCACCAAAAUAACGAGAUUGUGAAGUUCUCUGACCCAAAUAA